AUGGCCCCGGCAGCAGCCGUCGGCAUCGCGUUGCUUCGGCUGGCCUCGCGGCGCUGGGUCCGCCACGCGAUUCCUCUCGCGCUCCUCUUGCUGCUGCUGCUUUCUGUGUGCGCUUGGAGCUCGCGCUCCCCCCUAGGCUGCGGAUCCUGGACGCAGCCGUGCAUUCCCGAGGGCAAGCCGCCGGUCCAGGUCCCGCGACAGUCGGUUUCCCUGGAGGCCCCCGAGUGGGAAGAGCCUCCGUGUGGGGGCCCCCAGGGCGUGCUGGGCCACGUGAUGGGGCCGUUCCGCGCCAGCCUGGACCCCGAAGGGGACCUGGCUUUGUCGCAGUACCUAGCCGGAUGGAGGGCGCUGGUCAGGUUCCUAAGUCCCCUCGGCUCCAUCUUCGCCUUCGCCACGAGCGAGGCCUUCGCCAAAGUGACAGCCCUCGAGGCUCGAGUGCACGGCCCGGAGGCGGCGCACUACUCGUCGCUGCUGGACAUGGCGGCGUGGGAGCGGCGGGAGGGACGGCUGGAGCGCCCCGGCGUCGCCCCGCGAGACACCGCCAGCUCCUCGGGCUCCCGGAUCCUGCUCUUGCUGCACCGAGCGCUGCGCUGGUCCCAACUCUGCCUCCACCGGGUGGCGACCGGGACGCUCGGAGGCCCGGACGCCGGCGUGCAGUGCAGCGACGCGUACCGCACGGUCCUGGGCCCGCACCACCCCUGGGUGGUCCGCCAGGCCGCCCGCCUCGCGUUCGUCGCCUUCCCGGGUCGCGGCCGCUGGCUGGAGCUCGCGUGCCCGGGCGCCGGGGAGGCGGAGGCGCGGGCCGCGCUGGUCCGGGUGGCGGGCACCCUGGAAGAUGUCUACAACCGCACCCAGGGCCUGCUGGCCGAGCGCAGCCUACUCCAGCUGGCCUGAAGCCCCCGGCGGGCCAGACGCGCCGAGACCCAACCUCCUGGCUUCUGGCCGGCAGGCCCACUGCGUCCGCUCAGUGGGCGGGGACGCCGGAGCCACGCCUCCGAGUGACGUCGAUGCCUGGAGGGCCCGCCCCCGACAGGGUUGGGUAACGCCCCGCCCGCUCUGCGCAGCCGCGGGACGAGGGGCGGUGCCGUGGGAAUAAAACGCGAUCGUGGGGCGCGGCGGGUUCGGGGCGUCUCGUGCGAUGACUGCAGGCGCUGGAGGGAAGUGGAAACAAUGGACGUGGGAAGAUGCGUCAUCCCUGUUCCCGGCAGCCGGAG